AUGCUGACCGUAUUUGUCACCUCUCGGCUUCACCUACAAUUCCACUGGGCCGAAGGCCAGAUGGCUGAGGUAGUAGGACUCGCUGGAUCGAUCGUGGGCAUUGUUUUUUUCGGGAUUCAGUUCGCUACUGUCCUCGAAACAUACGUCGAAGCGAUCGCCGAGUCCGACCAAAGGCUUCGCGAUAUCGCUUUUGGCGUUGGCGCAACUGCGUCGGCACUGAAGCAACUUCAUGCUAUUCUCGAAGCUGUCGAGGCUGACGAGCCCAGGACUGGGGACCAGCGUCAAGGACCGCAAUAG